AUGGUCAACCUCAUCGCUGUGGUUGGCACCGGAGGCACGUAUGAAUCCAUGCCAGAUUUCCCUAUGGAUUCUAAUAACGGCAACUGUAGAGGCGCCGGCAUUGAGCGCUGCAAGUGCAAGCCUAUAAAAGCUACCCAGAAGACGUAUCUACGCAACAAUUACAACUACGUCAUUCGGGCUAAAGUGAAGGAGGUGAAGACUAAAUGCCACGAUGUCACUGCAGUAGUGGAAGUAAAGGAGAUCCUAAAAUCUUCCCUGGUGAACAUCCCAAAGGACACUGUAAACCUUCAUACGAACUCCGGCUGCCUGUGCCCACCGCUUAGCACCAAUGAAGAGUACAUCAUUAUGGGCUACGAAGAUGAGGAGCGCUCCAGGUUACUCUUGGUGGAAGGCUCCAUAGCUGAGAAAUGGAAGGAUCGUCUCGGUAAAAAAGUAAAGCGCUGGGAUCAGAAACUCCGCCACCUUGGGAAGGGGAAGGGAGAGCCCGGACACGGCGACUCGGCUCCGAAGCCCAGCAAACCCAGCAGCGCCCGACAAGCACGUAGUUAGAUGUGGGGUGCCGUACGUUGGCAUGCAGUGGACUAUCUACCAAGACUUCACUGUUGGAGCAGCAAAGGAGAAAUUGCACUAUUGCACGUUAUAUUCUAUUGUUUACUACAAAAUAAUGUUUUAGCUUAUAUUAGUUUUUAUUCUCCCUCUCAUUUCCUGCCUUUUUUAUU